UUGAUUCAUUUUCUAAUGUUUAAAUCUUGGACAGAUUUUCGGUGUUAUCAAAGACAAAAAACAAGUGUAAUUUUUUGGAUUUAUUAAACAGUGCGGAGUGAUGUAGCGUGAUGUACAAUAACGAGAGCGCAGCGGGCGCGGUAGAGGACACACCGACACAGGACCACCUCGCUCUGCUCAUAGUUCUGUACGUCUUCGUCUCCAUUAUAGGUAUAGUGGGCAAUGUAAGUUUAAUGGCGGCAUUGGCGUCGAGCGGCGCGUGCCGGCUGCGCACGCCGCAGUUGCUAAGCGCUUGUGCGGCGGACUUGUUGGUGUGCGCGGCCAGCGCGCCGCUAGCCGCCGCCCGCGCCGCCCACAUGCACCGUCUACCCUGCCAUGUCACACACUACAUAGAAUCGUUCCCGGUGGCAGCGAGCACGCUGUCGCUGGUGGCGAUGGCGACAGACCGGUGUGGCGCGGUAUUGCGCGGCCGUGAGAACCCGCUCUGUGCAAGGCCUUACGUCGCUGUCGCCGCAGUGUGGGUCGCCGCUUUUAUACUCGGCGCUGUGAUGAUGAUAGCGACAUGCGUAUCGUGCCCCCCGUUGGCGGCGGCGCACGCCGUAGUCACGUACUGCAUACCGGUGGGGGCGGUGAUCCGCUGCCACUGGGCCGUGCGCGUCAAACUGACCGCGCUUUCACUGACGGCGCGCGCGGCACAUGGCGAACUACCAUUGCCUGUGCCGCUGAUUCGCCGCCCCACGCACGUCAUCAUUGUCGCCGGCGUCGGCCGCGAGCGCCGCGACGCCGUCGACGUCGGCGACACCAGAAGCAAAAAGAAGCUCCAGCCCAGCCUGCUUGGGCCGCAGCCGCAGACCUCCACGCUGCGGUCGCGGCGACGACUCGGGAACGUCCUCAUCGCGAUCAGCUUAAUCUUCGCAGCGUGCUGGUGUCCGCACGCCGCUAUCGUCAUAUCAAGCGCGUUCGGGGUGCGCGUGCCGGCCGCUGCUGCUCAGUACGCGCUAUUACUGGGGCACGCGCACUCGGCCCUGAACGCCGCCGCCUACUGGUUGCUGAACAGGCACGCACUGACGGCGGCGUGCGUGGCGUGGCGUAUGCCGCAGCUGCGCGUGCGGGAGGAGCGGCCCUCUUCAACGAACGAGGCCGCGCUGGGCGCGUUUCACCCGCGGCUGGCCCGACCGGCGCCUUCACCGCGUCCGCCGCCUUCUAGCUUUUUAUAUUGAACUCCUCUAUCUUCUAAGCUCUAUCGAUCUGUGAUUCCUGUCUCUCAGUGCCUCGUAGACUACGGCCAACCCCGCGCGCCGGGAAGCCGCUCGUUUCGUCGUUAUAAACGUGGUUGUUUGAGAUUUUAUGGAGAAUAAUAAUAUCUGUAAAGCAAUAAAAUGCAUAAAACAC